AUAUAGGAGUUGUCCGAGAGUAAGAAGUGAGUUAGUGGCAACAAGUAGAAGAAAAGAAAUGGGUAUUGCAAUGGCAACAAGGCCGUUACGCAUAGUCAAACCAUACGGUUACGCCGCCUUUGCUUAUCUCUCAAUACAUCUCAAUGCUUCUUCAACACCUAAACCUUCCUUUCUCCGUUCCUUUCCUUUUCCAUCUUCUCCCUUCUCCUCGCGCCACCGCCGUCUCUUCUGCACCGCUACUCUUCCUUCCGCCAACGACACCGCCAACAAGGUUUCACAAUUCCGGAAGAAGCUCAAAGUCGCCGAUGUAAAAGGCGAUCAACUCGAUGUCAUCGGCCACACCCUCGUCAUUACGGGAUGGGUUCGCACUCUUCGCCUUCAGAGUAGCGUCACUUUCCUUGAGAUUAACGAUGGUUCGUGUCUUUCUAACAUGCAAUGUGUGUUGGACUCUGAGGUUGAAGGUUAUGAUCAGGUAGAAUCUGGCUUCAUUACUACUGGUGCCUCUGUGUGGGUGCAAGGAGUUUUGGUCAAUAGCCAAGGAACAAAACAGAAAGUGGAAUUGAAGGUCAACAAAAUAGUAUUGGUUGGCAAGAGUGAUCCCUCCUUUCCCAUCCAAAAGAAACGAGUCAGCAGAGAAUUUUUAAGAACAAAAGCACAUCUUCGUCCAAGGACAAAUACUUUCAGUGCAGUUGCAAGGGUUAGGAAUGCAUUGGCCUAUGCUACACACAAGUUCUUCCAAGAAAAUGGGUUCAUAUGGGUGUCAAGUCCUAUUAUCACAGCUUCAGAUUGUGAGGGAGCGGGUGAACAGUUUUGUGUUACUACCUUGAUACCAAAUUCUCAUGAAACUUCUGAUUCUCCAGUUGAUGCUAUUCCAAAAGUGAAUGACAGAUUAAUUGACUGGUCACAAGACUUUUUCGGAAAACCAGCGUUUUUGACUGUCUCAGGCCAACUCAAUGCUGAAACUUAUGCUACUGCUCUUUCUGAUGUGUAUACGUUUGGUCCCACAUUUCGAGCAGAAAAUUCUAACACUUCAAGGCACUUGGCUGAAUUUUGGAUGAUUGAGCCGGAGCUUGCAUUUGCUGAUCUAAAUGAUGACAUGGCUUGUGCAACUGCCUAUCUCCAGUUUGUAAUAAGACACAUUCUCGAUAACUGCAAGGAAGACAUGGAGUUUUUUAAUACAUGGAUUGAUAAAGGAAUCAUUGAUCGCUUGAGUGAUGUUGCAGAAAAAGACGUUUUGCAGAUAACUUACACUGAAGCAGUAGAUCUUCUGUCACGAGCAAAUAAAAAAUUUGAAUUCCCGGUGAAAUGGGGUUGUGAUCUGCAGAGUGAACACGAGCGAUAUAUAACUGAAGUGGCAUUUGGUGGAUGCCCUGUUAUAAUCAGAGACUAUCCAAAGGAUAUUAAGGCAUUUUAUAUGCGACAAAAUGAUGAUGGAAGGACAGUUGCAGCCAUGGACAUGUUGGUUCCAAAGAUUGGUGAACUUAUUGGUGGAAGCCAAAGAGAAGAGCGACUUGAGCAUUUAGAAGCUCGUUUAGAUGAUUUAAAGUUGAAUAAGGAUGCAUAUUGGUGGUAUCUUGAUUUGCGUCGUUAUGGUUCAGUUCCUCAUGCAGGCUUUGGUUUGGGCUUUGAAAGACUUGUCCAGUUUGCAACCGGAAUGGAUAAUAUAAGAGACGUGAUUCCUUUUCCUCGAACACCUGGCUCGGCCGAGUUCUAGACCUUGCAGAUUUUUUUAUGAAGCUAUUCUAUAAAAUGUUUUUCAUUUUUUAAAAAGAGCAAAAUAAAUUAUUUAGUGGUGUUAUUUAAAAAAAUAUUUGAGUGAGAAAGCAAAAUAGUUUGUAACUAUUAAUAUAACUAUGUAUUCUAAUUUAGUCAAAUGAUUGUUGUUUGUAAGAAUUACAUUAUUUGAUUCUUUUAGUAGUUUAUUAGUUGAGUUGUAA